UUCAAGUCAAAUGGAGGCUGUUUGAAACGUCUUGUGCUUUGAUAAACUAAACACGACUAUAUUGGUUUAAGUAUUUACCAGCUAGUUACGUUUGCAGAGGGCGGUCGCUAUGGACUGCAGUGUUGAUGGUGCAGAGGAGGUGGAGAACGAUAGCUUGACAUCUCCAACUGGAAUACAGUCCCCUGUAAUGGACCGUAACCCAUCGCCACCCCCAGAAACGGCUGAUGGAGAGGAGGACGAAGAUUUGGAUGCCAUUGGAGACACUGUCUACAGCAAGCACUGGCUUUUCAGCACCCUGACUCGUCUCAUCCAUAUGGUCACAGAGCAUGCAGAGAAGGACUCUGAAGGUCAAAUGCAGCUCCCUGAUGAUGAUGAGGAAGAUCUGUGUAGAGUCUGGGAUAUGGCAAUGGAUAAGGAUGUGGCUGGUUUUCUGCAGGAAUUCAAAGCUACAGAUAUCCUUCUGGGGGUGAUAGCCAAAUCUCAUUGUCCACGUCUCACUGAAAUUUGUGUGGGAAUCCUUGGAAACAUUGCUUGUUUUCCUGACACUUGUCUGACUCUCAGCCAAAAUCAAGAUUUAGGCGCUGUGCUGUUGCUUCUUCUCGGAGAUACAGAUCCUCCAACGCUUCUGGAAACAAGCAGAUUGCUGCUGACCUGUGUCUCUCAGAAAGAUGUUAGUUCCCUGUGGCUUCAGCGAAUACGACAGCAGACGUCUGUGCACUCCAGCCUCUGUUUCAUCAUGUGCAGUUCUACCAACAAUACUGUGUGUGUUUUCCCAGCGGACCUGCUUGAGAAGGUUGGAGAGCUGGUUGACAAACUGUUUGAUCUUGACGAAGAGCUGAUGAAGAGUUGGAUCACAGCUCAGCCAAGUGAGGAGGAGGAGGAUAAUGGUGAAAGCUGUCUAGACGUGGCCUCAUGCCUUCUUGAGGCAGCCAAGCAGCUUAGACAAGAGAGUCCGAAUGGCUUAGAGGUUUACCUUCAUGCCCUCCAACUCCUCACCACCAUAGAUGAGGGCAUUCAGGUAUUUGCGGCCCCUGAUGGACCUGGCAAAGCAAUAUGGGACUUUGUUUGUGGGGUGGUAUGUGAGGACCUUUGCCAGCCAAAUGAUCCUCCAGUUGUCCUGCAAGAGCAGAAGAGCAUUUUGGUUCAGGCGUUUUCUGUGCUUCAGGCUCUUUAUAGUUGCCAGGAGCAAUGGCCCAGCAAAAGUGACACAAGUCCCUCCCUUAUAGCGACCAUUUUGCGGGUGCUCCAGAACCACAGUGAGUGCAAAGAUGAUGGUACCAACAAAGAAAGCACAAAAGAUGAACAGCUCCAGACCCUGGCAGAGAUCACAGCUGAGUUUCUAGCUGACAUCUUCAAUCAGAUCACCAAGGACACUGUGGCAGAUUUGGUCAAUAAAGGUUUUCUGACAGAGAAGACAUGUCUCACAGCUGCUGGCAGUUUACUGCCCAACUUUAAGACUUCAUUUCAGCACCUGCAGCUCAUGUUGGCAGAGACUGAUCCCCAGCUGGCAGACGUGGUGAGGAAACAGUUUCCUGACUGAGACGCAGAUCAGUGUUCAGCACUCAUCCUGACUCUCACCACUGCUUUUUAUAGUGGACUUUAUUUCCUCUCCAAAGAUCCUGAUACAAGUCAGAAUAUUUGCAUUUCCACCGGAAAGACUCGGAUGUCACACCAAGUUAUGCUUAUGUUUUAAAGUUUUUACUUGUUUUUAGAAUGCUAUUUUUGUAUUAAUUAAAUAAUGUCUUUUUAUUGAAAACAAUAUGUGCUUGUAAUUUUUACUCAAACAUUUUUAUCAUUGCUGGAUGCACAGGCCUCAGCCAAACAG